AUGGAUGAAGACUCCGAUCUCUACCCUCACAGGGGUUUCAUGCUCGACACUGGCCGGAAGUUCUUCCCAGUCAAUGCGAUUCUCGACCUAUUGACCGUACUACACGAACACCGCUUCAACGUCUUCCAUUGGCAUAUUUACGAUGCAGAGAGCUUCCCCCUUCACUGGCCGGCUGAUCGGGGUCUGACGGACACGAGCAUACGGUACAGCCACACUCGGGAUUACUAUACACCUUCGGAUAUCCAGACGGUCGUCAACUAUGCCCAGAGUCUGGCCAUCCAGGUCUAUCCGGAAACAGACAUGCCCGGUCAUAGUGAUAUAUGGUAUGUGUCAGAGCCAGAAGAAAUCUCGUGGGCACUCACACCCGACCUCCAACACCUGGUUGCCCAACUCGACAUCCGCAAUGCCCAACUCCACGCCUACAUCGCAGAUUUAGUCACCACGGUAGACCAGUACUUCCAGUCCCCGCACUACCAUCACUUCGGGGCCGAUGAAGUCGCAUAUAUCUGGGGAUCGGACGAUGAUAACCGACUCUUUGCGAAUUAUCUGCACUGGCUCCGGUGUCUCCGCCCCAACAAGUCUGCUAUCCAGAUUGAUCUGGCGACAGACUGGAUCAUUCAGACUUGGCAUUCAGGCGUCACGCAAGAGGUCCUCCGCCGCGGUCACCGGGUCAUUGUUUCCGAGAGCGAUACGUUCUAUAUUGGGAACGCGGACGCCGAUAAGAUCUCCAAGUUUGCCUUUCCGGAUGAUGCCAACGUUCUAGGGUUUGAAGUGGUCUGGUUCAUUUCCCAGGGCGAUGAUUCCUGGGACUUUAGGCAGAACUGGGUUAUGCAGCCUAUCAAGGUGGCGGCGCAGAUUCGUCGACAGGGAUCGAAUCGUGCGUAG